AUGGCGCCAUCAAAUCCGCUUGCGAAUUGGGAGCGACUUGGGGACAGCUUUUACAGGAAAGUCUCCUUGUAUGACGCUAUCUUUAACGAGGAUGUGGACUUGGACAACUACAUUGUCGCCGGCGCGCCAUAUGGAGGAGCUAUUGCCCUUCAUCGGGACGAGAGCAAGCCGUACAUGUUUCGCGAUGCUCAUACAGCUAGAUCAAGCAUUGACAUCUAUUCGUGCUCUGGGAAGCAUAUAAAUCGCAUCAAUUGGGAACAUGGGACGAUUCGAGGGCUCGGCUGGUCCGAAAAAGAAGAGUUGCUAGUAAUCACAGAAGAUGGAACAGUCCGCAGAUAUUUCGGCUUGUAUGGUGACUUUACGUCUUUUUCUCUAGGAAACGGAGCUGAAGAAUACGGCGUAAGAGCAUGCAAGUUCUGGAAUAAUGGCUUUGUCGCUCUGCUCUCGAAUAAUCAACUGAUUGCUGUUUCAAACUAUGAUGAGCCGCGACCCAAGCUGCUAGCGCCGUGUCCAGAAGGUGAAGUCUCUUCUUGGUCGUUGAUUCCGCCACCAUAUACUCUUUCUCGUUCAGUAGAGGUGCUACUGGCAGUCGACAAGACUAUAUUUUUGAUUGAUUCCUCAGAAGCAGAAGACAAAGUGCUUCAAAAUGGACCUUUUAAACAUGCAAGCGUGUCACCUACCGGUCGAUUCGUGGCCCUUUACACCGCCGAGGGUCAGGUCUGGGUAGUGAGCAGUGAUUUUCAGAGUAAACACACCGAAUAUGACCCGCAAUCUCGAGUGACUCCUCGUACCGUCGACUGGUGUGGUGAUGACGCUGUUGUCAUUGCAUGGGAGGACGAGAUACAUCUUAUUGGUCCCAAUGGUGCUGCUGCUAAGUAUUACUACGAUGGCACUGUGCAUGUGAUACCCGAAUGUGAUGGGGUCCGAUUGAUUACGAACGAUAACUGCGAGUUCUUACACAAAGUUACAGAUGUCACUGAAGCCAUCUUCAGGCUUGGUUCCACUAGCCCAGCUUCGGUCCUUCUGGAUUCGGUAGAUCUCUUGGAGAAAAAGUCGCCCAAGGCUGAUGAAAACAUACAACGCAUUCGCUCCAGUUUACCAGAAGCGGUAGAUACCUGUGUCAAGGCUGCGGGUCAUGAAUUUGAUGUCUACUGGCAGAAGAGACUGCUGAAAGCUGCUUCAUAUGGGAAGUCUGUCUUGGAUCUGUACAACAGCGAUGAGUUCGUCGAAAUGACGGAGAAACUUCGAGUGCUGAAAGCAGUGAGGGACUACCAAAUAGGGCUGCCUAUUUCUUAUGAGCAAUAUCUGCGACUCACACCGGAGAAGCUCAUCGAGCGUCUGGUAAACCGCCAUGAAUAUCUGCUUUCCAUCCGAAUAUCCGAAUAUCUUCAGAUUCCAGCGGACAGAAUCUAUGUUCACUGGGCCAGCCAGAAGGUCAAGGUGUCCACCGUCGACGACGAAGCCGUUUGCAAACUCAUUGUGCAGAAAUUAGAAGGCAAGCCCGGAAUAUCUUUCGAGCAGAUUGCUCAAGCUGCAUACGACGAAGGACGCGCUCACCUGGCCACACAGCUUCUGAAUCACGAACCCCGGGGUGGUAAGCAAGUUCCGCUGCUGCUGAAGAUGGAAGAAGACGAAGUCGCCCUGGACAAGGCGAUUGAGAGUGGAGAUGACGAUCUUAUCAUCUAUGUACUCUUGCACUUGAAGAGCAAACUCCCUCUCGCCAGCUUCUUUAGGAUGAUCAACACCCGGCCCAUUGCCUCGGCAUUGGUCGAAGCGAAUGCUCGCGGGGAAGACACAGAGUUGCUGAAAGACCUAUUCUACCAGGAUGACCGACCUAUCGAUGGUUCAAAUGUCCUCCUGUCGGAGGCACUGAAUGCGACAGACUUACCGCAUAAAACUGAGAAACUCCUUCUCGCAUCGAAGCUCUUAUCAGAUUCUAAGGAUGCAACUGCUGUUCUACAGCAGAAACUGCUCUCUGAAGCGUCACAGUUACUGAAGGUCCAAGAGGCUUUGGACAAAGACAUUGCAGAUCGCGCAGAGUUUGUCAGCCUCAGCUUAAAUGACACUAUCUACAGACUGAUCAAAUCGGGCUACGGAAAACGAGCGCAUAAGAUCCAGAGCGAGUUCAGGAUGCCGGACAAGACUUAUUGGUGGCUGCGAUUAAGAGCCCUGGUCGCUAAGAGAGACUGGGGUGAAUUGGAAGAGAUGGCCAAGAAGAAAUCCCCGAUUGGGUGGGAGGUGAGUAAAACACUACCCAUAUCCUGA